CUUAUACACCCCAGUGACGUUGCGAUGCGUUCAUGGACUAACUUUGCCAAUGCUGGCCGGUGGUGGGCAUUGCUGGUGCGAGCCAGGAGACAGGCGGAGAAACAGAGGCAUUGCAGACUGGUCCUUACAGCCCAGCGCGUGCGGCAUGAAGCGCCGUGGCUGGCUGCAGGUAGUGUUGCAGCCGGUCUGAUGCUGGCGAACUACUCUGCGCCCAGCCGGUGUGAGAGUCAGAAUCCUCGUCUCUAUCCCAAAGACCUGGAGCAGUUUUUGAAGCCAUCGGAGCUGAAUCCAACGCCAGUGACGCUGCCGCCUCCUUUUCCGGGUUUGGCAAGGCAGCAAUGGUCACAACGUCAUGUUGCACCUAUUCUCGGCUUGCCGAUGCGUGGGAAAUCGCACACGGCACGGGAGUUGAAGCGAUAUAUCGAAUUCUUUCACGGCUCAAGAGCUGAGAUCUUCAAUGUGAUGGAGUAUCAGGGGCGCGGGGGCGACGAAAAGUUCUUCGAGGACCUCAAUCGUUUUUUUGACACAUCAAACUCGAGUUGCGAUCCCUAUGACUUUGACCAGACAGGCUCCUCGCAGGGGACAGGUGGCUUUGCUAUCAUCUUGUCCAGCGACACAGUUGCAUCGACGCAGUCAAUGUGGAGUGCGCACACCAAGUGGCACCGCCGUUGGAUGGCUCAGAAGCUUGAAAGCGAGCUGAAGGCAGAGGUGUGCUUCAUCCAGAUCUCAGUUGAUGACCCCAAAGGCGACAAGUACUUGGCCGACUUGGCCGCUUUUCGUGGCAUGGAUUUGAAGGAAAGCCAGGAGCUGAUCAAUCACUACCAGGAUCACUAUGUGCCAAUCCAAAUGGAUGGCUCAGAAGACGGCACCCCUUUCAUACACAUGAUGAACUACACCAAGAAGAUGGUGGUGAACAAGAUGAUGCGAUCAUUUGUUGGAUCGUCCGUUUGCCAUUUCCUUUCCAACUUGCAUCCCUUUGAGCACAAGAUCUUUUUGGCUCGACACGGUGAGAGCGAGUUUAAUGUGGAAAUGCGAAUAGGUGGUGACUCUGGUCUCUCCCCAAGAGGGGAAGAAUUUGCACGCCGCGCUGCAGAGUUUGCAAAGUAUGUCGUCUGUGGAGAGGCGAAUGACUUGGUUUGCGUCACGGUGACUGAAAAAGACGUGGUCAGUCUGCAUGAACAUUUGGUGCAGCUCUGCGGGUGCCUGGUGACCUGUGAUGACUGGAAAGGCUUCGGUGAUAGCAGUGGCGCAGAGGUGAACAGGUACAUGCGGCUCAAGCGUUUGCAGGUGGGUUGGGGCACGGAUUUUGAAGAUGCCCCGAAGAACAUGGAUGACCUACGGCGUCGCUUGAAUGGAGCCAAGGUGGCAACUUUGGUGCUUGUUGAUGGGGACACAUCAAGUGCAGGGCAGGUGCCUGGCAGACUGUGGACGUCCUCCUUGCGAAGAACCAUUGACACUGCUAAGUUCAUUGAGCAUCCCGUCCUGACAGGCCCUGAUGGGAAGCCCUACUUUCAGAUGCGGGGGCAGCAAUUCAGGAAUAUGGAUGAAGUGUAUGCUGGCGAGUACGAUGGUCUUACUGAGGAGGACAUUAAACAGAAGGCACCCAAUGUUAUUGAGGACCGAAAGCGAGACAAGCUUGGAUUCAGAUAUCCUCGAGGUGAGUCUUACUACGACACCGGCUUGCAGAAGAGCAUGUCAGGGAUGACAACGCUUGCAAAAUCUGGUGAUGGGCCUUUGGCUAGAAUCUGUGAUGUCCCAUUUGGAGCGGAUACAGCAGCCUAUCCUGAUCAUCUCGCAUCAGGCAGUCCUGCGGAUGAUGUAUGGCUGGCUCAUGCACAUCAACAGAGAGGCUGCAAUUGAGACACAGGUUCCGCAGCAUAUGAUCGUGAAGAUCACUUUUGAUGGACUGGGAGGUCCUCCAGUGGAGAGGCGAUAUCCCCUUGGACCCAUGGAGAUGGCUGACGAUGGUCAAGCAAAUUUCUAAAGUUUGAGCCCCGCUGGUCGCAGCGAAGCUGCUGCCUACCAGAUGCCCUAAAACUGCCAAAGUAGCCUACCAGGUUCGCUUCAUGGCAUAGGAGAAAAUUCAC